UUAGAGUAUUUUGUACUUUUUAAUUUACGGAUUUCAACUUCCUCUCCUUAAAAAGGAAACAACUUGAAAACCAAAAAAAUGAGCAACCCCUAACUAAUCGUUGCUACCCGCAAAGUUUUCUCUCCACAAAAUUUGCCCUCUCUCUUACAGUAUCUUGGAUUUCCAUCUCCCGUUUCCACCCAUGGCGGUCUCUAAACCCUUGUUUCCUUUCAAGUCCUGUCAAUUCCUCCUUUCACCCCCUCCUCCAUCUCCCCCCUCAUUCCCAUUUUUGGGGGGUUUUCGUGCAUAAUCUGUUUCCUAUCUUUCGCAGUCGGGUAUUGUUUCUUCAAUUUCUCUCGACAACAAACGUUAAUGGGGUUUUCGUGUUGUGUUCAAUCAACCCCAAAAGCUUUAUAUUUUCACCUUUUUCUUGUGCUCCCAAACAGAUAGGCGUAGGCUUGGCCUGCUUAUUCCGAUGGUGAAGAAAGAGAAGGAAGAGGAUAAAAUUGAGAAGACCAUUCGUGGUCUUCUCAAGCUUCCCGAGAAUCGAAGAUGCAUCAAUUGCAGCAGCCUGGGGCCACAAUAUGUAUGCACAACCUUCUUGACGUUCGUUUGCACGAAUUGCAGUGGCGUGCAUCGGGAAUUCACGCAUCGUGUCAAAUCAGUUUCGAUGGCGAAAUUUUCGUAUGAAGAAGUCAGUGCUCUUCAGGCUGGUGGGAAUGAGAGGGCAAGGGAAAUCUAUUUCAAAGAUUGGGAUGAACAUCGUAACUCUUAUCCCGAUGGCAGCAACCUUCACAAACUCAGGGAUUUCAUCAAGCAUGUUUAUGUUGAAAGAAAAUACACCGGGGAAAGAAGUAACGUGAAGCUUAGAAAGCUGAGACUGGCCGAUAAUGAUGAGCGUUAUGGUGGAAGGAAAGGUGGUGGCAUUUAUUAUGGGAGAAGUCCAAGUUACACAAUGGCUAGGAGCUCAGCUCUUGGGAUGACCAGAAGUCCAAGUUAUGAGGUAACCAGAAGUCCGGGCUAUGAGGUAACCAGAAGUCCAAGUUUUGAUAACAGGAGAAAUGGUCGUGAUAGAUAUGGUCCUAGUAGAUGGAGUUCUGAAAGAAGCUUCAAAUAUUAUUACAACGAAAUGAGAAGUCCUAGCUAUACCCCAGAAAGUUCGAGAUAUGGAGGAGGCUUGAAGAAAUCCCCUGUUCGCUUUGAGGUUGUUGAUGACAGGUUUCGAGAUAAUGAAAGUAGAAGUGGUCAGCCAUCAAAUAGUAGCAGGUUGUCAUAUAAAGAGACUAGGUCUGAAUGUGCAAGUAGGUCACCUGACUCCGAUAAAACCAUUGAUGGGUCUAAGUCUGCAGUGGUACCUCCUACUCAAAAUGUCCCGCCGGUACAUGUUGGGAAGCAGUCUAGGAUAAGUGAAGGGAAGGAAGCUGACCAGAUUGCCACACCUUCUACAAUCAAGGCUCCAACCGACAAUACUAUUGCAGAAGCCAAAAGUCAGACUUUAGAAAGCCUGAUUGACCUCAAUAAUGAUUCCAUGUCCCCCAAGGUUUUGGUAGUGGCACCACCACAUCAAGCGACAGGAGCACAACCUUCUGAUAACAGCUCAAUUGAAUCCUUUGUGAAGAAAGAACCAUUAGCACCAAAUCCGAAGAGUGUUGAAUUUUUACUCUUUGAGUUAUCAACUCCCUCAGUUACACCAUCUGCUUCUAAUGUUUCUGAAAGGGAUACCACUCCUCCAUUGACGGUAUUAGAAGGCGGUAUUGCUGCACUUGGCGCCUCUUCAGAUGGAAGUACCUCCAUGGGGGUGUCAGCUAAAUGUGAUCAUCUUGGAUCUUCAACUGUUGAGUCUGCCCAAAACUUGUUUGCAGAUAAUGUUUCAGCCGCUGGGUCUUCGGAUAAAAUGUCAUUGGUAUCAUAUGAUGUACCUGAAAGAGCUUCACUUGCAGAACCCUAUAGGCAGUCACUCUCAUUGUUUGACUCCUUCAGUGGCUCUUUAUUUCCGUCAGCUGCUAAUUUGCCUGUGCAACCUUCCAGUGGAGGUGGUGCAUCAGAGGCUAGACCUGAUUUUUUUCACGAAUCCUCUUUUACAGCUAACAACGGUGACAAAGUUAAGUAUCAAGAAAAAGCUGAUAAGAUACCUUCUUUAACUGUUGGUUCAACUAAAUCAGGCCAGAAAACUUCUGCAUUUGUUGGAGAGACAAACAACCAGCCAUGUACUUCCUCAGAAUCAUGUACUGUGCAAGGACCUUCAGGUGCUUCAGUUGAACACGCUUCACAAAAUAUUUCUCAAUCAGCUCAAGAAUCUAACUCUGGGGUUCAAAAACCAUCUACCACUUCCUCACAACAAAUCUCGCAACCAGCUGAAGAGUCUAACUCUGGGGUUCAAAAACAAUCUUCCAUUGCUUCAGAAACAAAGGCUAGUGGGAGGCAGGAACUUCCCGUGGACCUGUUUGUAUCAAGCUUCAUGCCAACAACAGGACCUUCACUAAGUUGGCAAUAUGGUAGUAGUCCAUACGACAUGGGCUUUGGGACGCAGUAUUACCACAAUCCAAUGCAAGUCAUGGCAUACCCCAACCCCGUGAAGUCAACAAACCCAUUUGAUGACAACUCUCAGAGACAGGCACACCCGUAUCCUGCCAUGGGGAACUUUGGAGGUGCACCACCUCCUAAUGUGCAACAUCGUCCCAUCUUGUUUCCUAGUUCAAGAACGGGUCACAUUUCUUCGACUAUGAUCCCAGAUUCUUCACGAAUCCCUUCUCAAUCUUUCCCAUUUGAGUCUACGAUAUCUUCUGGUCCAUACGUGGAGCACCAGGUGCUCAUGAACUUGUCACCUUUCAGGCAACAAGGAGGUAGCUUUGGCAUUGAUGAGGACCCUUUUUCUUCAUUGAAUAUGGUCCAACAGCAACGACCCGAUGGAGAAAACUCGUUUCAUGUCCGCCAGAACUAUCUCCCUUCAAGGGGAGGAAACCCAUUUGGGUAGAUGAGGCUACACUCGUUUCGAAUGACGUAACAGACGAAGAGUACCCAACUUUGUUGAUUGAUAUGCAUCUCAUGGCCUAUCGCGAUUCCAACUCAAGGUAACAUCUUUGAAUUCGAUAAUUAGUGCUUUGGCUUCUGCUGUUUUGUUAGCUUAAUUACAUAUCUUCAUAUUUUUUUGUACUCAGGUAUCAGGUGAUUUGAUUGAGGAGCAAGCAACCAGUGCUGCCAACAUUCCUUGACUAGUCAGGUGGCAUGUGGCACAAGUAAGGCAGGAGUCGAGCAAGGUUCUUAUCUUUGUAAACUUCAAUAUUAUGUGUAUUGUGCAAUCCUAUGUAAUGUUGUACAUUCUAUAGUAUAGUUAAAUAAAGAGGCAAGUGUUCA